GCCGAUAUUCUGUCAAGCGCGCAUGGCAAGACUUCACUUCUGCUGAUCAGAUACACAAGCUUCAAGACGUUUACUCCUCGCUCUCAGCCUCUGUGUUGCGUGUGCUUUUUAAAGCGAUUGCUCUUAAUCUCCGCGCUAGGGCUAUAAUUGCAAAUCAAGAUGUAACCCUUGUCCCUGAUAUAAAAAGGGGUUCGGUCUCUCUAGCGGCGAACGGUCGCUGUUUGGCGCCAUAUGGAUAUGCUAAACUGGGGAAUGUGUAGCUCUUGUCACUGCCUCGCUCUUCCACUAGGUCCUAAAGGCAGCCAGCGCCUUUGCAAGCAGCAGCAGCAGCGUUUUUGAACGCGCGUUGUUUGCGAGCAGACGGUGACGUUAAAGUUUUUUUAAUCGCCACUACCAAAUCGUGACGUUGUGAUUCGAGACGACCUGGAAAGUGAAUAGGUUAUCAGAUGUAGGACCUCUCUUCCUAAACCAGAAACUGUUUGAGUGGUAUGAACUAAACCAGAGGAAAUGGUUUGAAUGCUUCAAACAGACUUUAUUGGCCUUGGAACCAGAAAGCAGAAAAGCCUCUUUUUUAAGUAUGCAAGAAUCAACAACUUUGUUUUUAGAGAAGACUCAAAGUCCAAACAAUUUAAAUGGAGAGCAGUAUGAGACAGAUGUAGGCUCUGGAGGUGAGGACCUUGACUUCAACUGGGAUGAUUAUCUUGAAGAAACUGGUGCAAGUCCUGCACCGCACAACUCGUUCAAACAUGUUGAGAUCAGCCUUCAGAGUAGUUUCCAGCCAGGGAUGAAGUUGGAAGUUGCAAAUAAAAAUAAUCCUGACACCUAUUGGGUAGCAACAAUCAUCACCACAUGUGGUCAGCUCUUACUCCUGCGCUACAGUGGAUAUGGAGAUGAUCGCAGGGCUGAUUUUUGGUGUGAUGUCAUGACUGCUGAUUUACACCCUGUUGGGUGGUGUUCACAAAAUAAAAAGGCACUGAGACCUCCUGAAGCAAUUUGUGAGAAACAUGGAGACUGGACAGAAUUUUUAAUUCAAGAUUUGACUGGUGCAAGGACAGCUCCUGCAAACCUUCUGGAAGGGCCACUAAGAGGGAAGAACGCUGUGGACCUCAUUACCCCUAAAUCUCUUAUUGAACUUCAGGAUUAUCAAGUUCCUUUCCAAUACUGGAUAGUCCGUGUAAUUGAGAAUGUUGGUGGCCGAUUGUGCUUACGCUAUGAAGGAUUGAACGAUAUUGAAAAACAUGACCAGUGGUUGUUUUAUCUGGACUAUAGACUCCGACCAGUGGGAUGGUGCCAGGAAAACGGUUGCAAGUUAGAUCCACCCACAGAAAUCCAGGCCCUUAAAAGUGACACUGAAUGGAAGGAUGUCCUUGAACAGGCUCUCUCUGAAGCUGAAAAAUUCCCAUUGCCACUAGAGGUGUUUAAGGACCAAUCUGAUCUGAGGACUCAUUGCUUCACAGUUGGCAUGAAGUUGGAGGCUGUAGAUCCAAGGGAGCCCUUUUCUAUCUGCCCUGCCACAGUAACCAAGGUUUUUAAUGAUCAGUAUUUUAUGAUCACAAUUGAUGAUUUGAGGCCAGAUGCUCGUGAAAACUCUCUUCUUUGCCAUGCUGAUUCACCAGGAAUCCUUCCUGUUCAAUGGUGCCUUAAAAAUGGGGUCCAUCUCACUCCACCCAAGGGUUAUCCUGGCUUAGACUUUGACUGGGCUGAUUAUCUUAAACAGUGUGGGGCAGAGACACUUUCUCAGUACUGCUUCAGAAAUACUUCACUCAGUCGAGGUUUUACCAAAAAUAUGAAGUUGGAGGCUGUUUCCCUCAGUAACAUGGCAGAAAUAUGUGUUGCUUCAAUCACGAAAGUAAAAGGCCGAUUAAUGUGGCUUCACCUUGAAGACUCUAAGAGAUCUGUCCCCGAAUACAUUGUUGAUGUAGACUCGAUGGACAUUUUCCCAGUUGGCUGGUGUGAAGCAAAUGGAUAUCCAUUAACCCCACCAUAUCGUGCAGUCUGUCCAAAGCAGAAGAAAAUUGCAAUAGUUCAACCAGAAAAACAACUUCAUGCCAUACCUGUGGAACCUGUCCCACAUGAGUCUUGUCCUAUAACAUCAGAAGGUGGCACGACCAAUGGCAAGUACUGCUGUUCCAAAAUAUAUUUCAAUCACCGCUGUUUCUCAGGUCCAUAUCUAAACAAAGGACGGAUAGCAGAACUUCCUCAAUCAGUUGGACCUGGAAAAUGCGUGCUUGUUCUGAAAGAGGUUCUUAAUCUGUUAAUUAAUGCGGCCUACAAACCAGGCCGGGUGCUCCGGGAAUUGCAGCUCGAAGAUGACCCAGAGUGGAAUUGUCAGGAAGAAACACUGAAAGCCAAGUACAAAGGGAAAACAUACAGAGCAAUUAUGAAAAUUGUGAGGACAGCAGAUCGGGUUGCAGAUUUCUGCAGAAGGACUUGCAUGAAGUUAGAAUGCUGCCCAAACUUGUUUGGGCCACUCAUGGUUACUGACAAAUGCCCUGAGAACUGCUCUGUUCACACAAAAACAAAAUACACUUAUUACUAUGGAAAAAAGAAGAAAAUCAUCAGACCUCCUGUUGGAUAUGGCAACAUAGAAAGCAACAAUAAAAAACCCACUAAACGCAGGAAAAAACGCAGGUCUUGUUUUGUCCAAAAGAAAAAGCGCUCAUCCACAUCAGUGGAUUGUGCUCCACAGGAAAAUGGAGAGGAGAAGGAAGAUGGACAAGAUCUGAUAGAGGAUGAAACUGGAAGUGAUGGAACAAGCUCUGAGCAGCGUGAUGACCAAACGGAUACAUCUUCUGAGUUGCCUGAUGCCAAACCAAAACGAUUACGGCGACUGAGAUCAGCAUCAGAGCUACCUCGGCCUCACAUAGUAGACAGGGCAAAGAGAAAGAGAAGGGUGCGGACAUCAUCGCUCUCAGAGGAUGAUAAAUAUGAUUCACUCAAAUGCUCAGCACCAAAGGAAAUUAGGCAAAACGAAGAUGAUAAACUUGUGCUGGAAAGUAAUCCAUUGGAAUGGUCAGUGGCUGAGGUUGUCAGAUUUAUCAAGUCCACAGACUGUGCACCUCUGGCAAAAAUAUUUCAGGAACAGGACAUCGAUGGCCAAGCACUACUACUGUUGACAUUGCCAACAGUCCAGGAAUGUAUGGAGCUCAAACUUGGCCCUGCUAUCAAAUUAUGUCAUCACAUUGAGAGAGUGAAAAUUGCAUUCUAUGCACAGUAUGCUAACUGACUUAGUUUGUCAUGAAUCAUUUUAACCUGUUUUGCUCAGAAUUGUUCCAAAAUGAGCACUGGAUAGUUCAGCCUUGACACAAUGGAUGGAUAUUCAUGUGAUUACUUGCCAGCCAGAUAAAUGCUGUGAAAUAAACUUAGUGAGUCUUUGUUUGCUGCUCAAAUUGAGUGAUAUGAUCAAAAUUUAAGUAGUUUGUUAAUAAAACUGAAAAAGGGCCCCUUUUACGUGAAGAUUGAUGCUACACAUAUUUGAACAGAAUCAAUCAUUGAUAGGCAAGUAAUGAAAAUACAAUCAAGUGAACCAUUCAGAUUUGGAUGGAAAAGAGAAAGUAUCCCUUGAAGAUUUGUCAUUUAAAUGGCUUUUGAGAUUUGCUGAGUCUUCAUGCUUAAAGCCCCAAUUACCUUAAGAAUGAUAGCACGUACACGUUGGAAACAACAGAAAAUAAAAAGCCUGGGCCUGGAGGUACUGAAUAUACUUCUGACAACAAUCCAUCAAUGCGCUGUGCUUUUCAGUUGAACAAUCAUUCCUUACAAUACUCAGUUCAUUUGAUUUGGUUGUGUUUUAUAUUUUGCUAGUUGAUUUUUGAAUGUUAUCAACAUGAGUUAUUAGGAGAAUGUUUAACUACCGUGACACUGCUGUUUAGAAUUCAGAACAAAACAGCAUGAAAGAGUAAUUUUGCUGCCUGUUAUUGUGCAGAUUUCUUUAAGCCUGUCGUCAUUUGCAGCCAAAAAAGUGCUUAAGUUCAGGCUCCCUGAUGUUUAAAGUGAUCAGCACUGUCUUUAAUUAGCUGGAGCAGAAUAUUACAAACCAGAAUUGAGCGUAACAUUUCCCUACAGGAAUGCUUUGAAUGAAUACUGUCUUAAAAUAAUGAGGUUCCAAUACUGGCACAAUAUGAAUUAUCCCAAAGAAAAUUGAAAAGUUGUAAAUGGCUUUACGUAAAGGAAGGAAAGCCAGGUUUGAGGAGGACAUUGUGAUCUACCAUCCUAAGUUCCAAUUGCUUCAAACUUAAAUAUCGAUAACUUGAAGUGAUUUACUGUUAUUACACUGCAAUGUACAGGUGAUGAGUUGUUUUCAAACAACACUGCAGUGAUGUUGCAUUUUUAUAUAUACUUUCAAACCAGCUUCAGUUUCAACUUCUAAAAGACAAGGUCUGUUUUGUGGUAAACAUUUGCGAUGAAUUGAAUGAUUUGAUUGAAUAUUUGGAUCAUAUUUUGGGGGAACACCAGAGGUUCUAGACAAUUUACAGCAAUUUUUUUUGAAAACUAUUUUUGAGAGAUCAAACCUGCUAAUGAUGGGACUUUCUUGGGAAUGGAGACCAGCUUUGUGAAGAACAUGUUCAUACUUUCUUACACCUAAUGAUUUUUUAUCAAUGUGCAGCAUAAUAAUCAAAUGAGUCAACAUAGACAGUACUGUAGAAUAUCAAAAUCAGGUGCAAGAUAUCUACCAAUUUCACGUCAUCCUUUAAUGGACUAAAAAAAUCUAAUUUAAAAAUUUAUGCUGAACAGAGUCUCUCCAUUUGAUCAUUUUGUCUGCACAUUAAAGUUUUUAAGCUCCUGAAGUUACUGUCACAAUAUAUUCAUGUUUCACAGUGAGUUGCCAUUUAGAGUGCAGUGAAUCUGAAAUGUUUGGAACAUACUAACUCCUUAAAAUAAUUCACAAUUUAUUAUAAUUAAAUUGUAAUGCAUUUUAUGUAUCGAAUGUUCAGACAGUAUUUUUCUUUUAACCUAUCAAUUUGUUUUCUAAUCCUUUUUCCCAAGCAAAAAAAAAUGUAAAAAGGACAUUUUUGGAGCAAUGACAACUAUUAAGUAUACAGUACUACACUCUUUAUAGUCCCAUAAGAAUUCAAUUUUAAAGAAAGUUCUAGACAUUAGAUUUCUUUACUGAAGGCCAUUUAAGGUUGAGAAUGUUGCUGGCACUUGACACCUCUUGCCUAAGUGCAGCAGUGACAGAUUAUUGAAAAGCACAAUGUUGGUCCUUAACUCUUUCAAGUGAAAGAUAUUUGCUGUCAUAAAGGUUAGUUAAGAAUCAACUUUACUGGAUAUUUCAGGUAAUCUGCUCAUCCAAUUCCCUGUGUAUGCCAUUUUACAAUGUACACAUAUUUGUACACAUUCAAAGAUGCAUUUGGUGUUUCUGCCUAGAAUCAGUGCACUAACCUUACUAGUUCAUUUUAAAGUGAACUGUAUGGUUGAUCUGACGAUAUUAAAUGACAGACUGGCCCCAUGUUCCAGUAAGCCGCACACAGACUUACCAUAAAUCACAGAAAUUCAAUGUGACCUACUGUUUCCCUUUCCAUGAUGUGGAAACAAAUCUUUGGGUUAAAAUGUCCUAGAGGACAACAAAGUUGAGAGCAAAAGAACACCAAACUAAAUCUUUAAACAUUAUACUCUCUUUUGUGGUAUGCACACUAUUUCUACAGUAAAAUCACAUUGCACAUACAGUUUCUAUGUGAAUUCUUAAAAAGUAAAAGUACAGAAAAUCUAAUGUCAAAUUUCCUGAUUACUGUCAUGCUAGAUAUUCAAAUGUAAAAAUAAAAGCAUAUGGAGUACUAGUAAUUAAUCGUUUUUUUCACUCGUAAUAUUUUAAAAUUUUUUGAUUAGAAUUUUGAGUGACAAAUACCUUUUUAUUUCAAAUAUCAUAUUACAAUAAAAAUACUGUGCAGUAAUCUAAAAUGAGAUAAAUUCUGUGAUUUUUUUCCCCACGUAAAAAAAAUUACAUUUGUUAUACUGUACUUUGAUUUACUUUUUUAAUGAGCUCUUUUGCAAUCUCUAACAAAUGUUGUUAUCUUACACUAAAUAAAAAAGAUUUGGCGUAUCUUCAUGUUUGGCAAGCCACUCACGCCUGGAUACAGCUUUAAGUACAGAUUAUGCUUAUGCCGAUAAGUUUGUCUUAACAUAUAGAAACAAAAAUCUUUGGAAUUGAACGUGCUUUUAAGUUGCAUUUUUUAAAAUGCAAGGCAAAAUAUGGAAAAAAGGCUUUAAAAUAGUCAGCUCGAUUCUUAAUAACAUUGAAACAAAACUUAGUGAUGAUCUCUACAGCCACCAAACAGCAGAUCAGUAUUGGGAAGAUUUAAUUUUAAAAUGUACAUUUUCUUUCAGAAGAAUUCACUUUGAAAACAUGUGAAACAGCUGUACAGAACGCAACUAUUAUAAAGGAGUCAGUAUCAAUGGAAGUGUACUUCAUUUUAUUGUGUACUCUGAGACAAGGAAUACAUUAAUUAUAUUAAGAACAUAAGCAAUUUCAUAGCUGUAAGGCUCUCUGUUGACUAAUGCUGGUAUCAUAUCUACAGGGACUGCUAUUUGCCCACAGAAGUGCCCCAGCGAACCUUGUGCCUGUAUUAGAAUGACAUUUGUAAAAUUGUCUGUAAAUGUGAUGUUGGAUUCCUUGGGAAUUAUGAGAAAUGGGCCCUAUUCACUAUCUUUAAGACAUAAACAUGGUUAAUAAGCUGGCAAAAUAACUUUUUAUCUGUAUUUUAUUCCUUAAUAAUAUAAAGUGUAACGUCUGACUUUCCUCUGAUAACAAAGUGUGAGGCUGGAUGAAUUGUUGUCAUUCAGCUCAAUGACAUCAUUCUGCUACAAUUUUUUUUCUAUAUCAGAAUAGGGAAGUACCCUAAAUAAUUAUGAUAAUUACUAUCAGCAAAUUAAUUAGCUGGAUUUUCACGAGGUUAAAGUCAACACCACUAUGCAAGAAAUAUUCAGGAAGAAUAAAACUGUUGUAAACACUUGGAAGAUUUAAUUAAAUUCAGCUUCAGCAAGAACAUGAAAUGGGUGGCAGCGGAUCACAAGUUUUCCAUUAACCGAAAUGGGAGGAAUAAGUAAGCAGUUGUAUAAUGGCUGUCCAAUCAAAUACUGCCCAAUUUAUGCCCUACCAAAGUUGAAUUUUCAUCCCAUUGGUAUUAAAGGUCUUGAUGUAUGUGUUGCAGAGCAAUUAUUGCAUUUUGUUUGUCUUACUUCUGUAUGGACUUACAGUUUGUAUAUGGGGUAAAAGAAUUGCACAUUCCAUUUUAAUGUGUAUAUGGUGUUCAAUUGUAUUUUUUAAACAGAGUACAUAUAUCAGAGUGUUUCUCCCCACCCCGCCCCCGCCCCCGAUCAGUAGAAUGAUGUGCAGAUGACACUGAGGUAAUAUGUGGAGCUGUGCAUUGUAAUUGGUUAUCUUGCAUGUUAUACUUAAUAAAACUGUAAUAAGUACUGCUGUUGCUGCUUAAUUUCUGAAGGACAAUAUACUGCUUUGUUAACCAACUCAUUCUUUAUACAUUUUGUAUAUAUUUUGAAGAAUUAACCCUGUGCUAUUGACAUUUUACAGCCAUCAAGUAUCAUGUACAUGUUUCUGGAGAUUGUUUAAUUCAUUAAGAUACAUUAGUUCCUUUGCCAGAAUCUAAUGUUUGUACAAGCAAGAAACCCAGAAAAAUAUACUGACUUAUUUUGAAGCUAUUACAUUUAGUCAAUUGUAAUUUCAGUGAACAUGUUACAAAAAUUUGUCAAGAGGUUGUGAUAUGUUGUAGAAAAUGUUGUGUGAUUUUUCAGUAGUGUUUCCUUGUAGAUCAGUAUGGUGGAUACUAUCUUUUAAAAAAAAACACCAAAGACUUCCUACAAUACUCUUUCAGGCCCAAUUUCUAAGUUAUGAAUGGGCUCAUUUGUGUUUUCUAAGACAUCUUUUGUUACUAAUGUAUCUGUUCAGCUGGUUGGAAUUUAAGAUUAUUUGUAAAUGGGAAGUAUUAGUGAUCGCUUUCUAACUAAACCGACUGACAGAACCAAGGGCACAAAAAUUUGACUAUUCACAAGUAAGCACAAAUGCUGGCUAUUUUUGCAAUUUGAUGAUUACAAUAGUUAUCAAUGCAUUGGUGUAAAAACAAGAAACUUGCCGCCAUUAUUAAACUGAGAUGUAGAUCAUUACUUGAACUGCAACACGCAGUUGUGGUGGUGUAAUAGAUUAUUUCCUGAAAUAAUGCUAAUUGUUAUUAGUGUGUGGUUUUAUGUCAGGUUAACAAUGAUUUUUUGGCACUGAAAAAUAAAGGUCUCAAAGGCAAUUGAGGUGUGGAUAACAAAAUAUGCAGCAUUUGUAUGAGGGAACUGUUUUAAUAUAAAGAUGCAAAAUCAUGUUUAAAUUGUCUAAUCACUUUCUAAGCUUAGAUUAAAACUAAUAAAUUUAUAUCUAAUUAUUUGUGCAUUUAGUGCUGCUAGGGUCUUCACAUUAGCAGUGACCAAAUUAGUAGUUUCAGACAACCCUCCUCCCACACCUUUCGAUGCAUGUAUGUAGUUCCUUAGAACACCUUUGUUGCUGACAACCUUUUGCUAAAUUAUCUUGGACACAAAAAAGGCUAUAUGAUCGGCGUGCAGCCUUUGUAUUUUUUCAUACCUCAGAAAUUCAUCAGGAGGUACUCGACUUGUUCAGUGUAUUUUUAAUGACAAAAAAAAUGAUUUUGGCUUGAAGCUGUUGGGUCAUCGAAAUUGUGAUCAUUUGGAGAUUGUAACUGAAAGUGAUACUGUGCAUCGCUGAGAAACAGAGUUUAAUUUGAACAACUGUCUUAUUUAUGUACCACCUACAAAUGUAAUAUAAAAAAAUUUUUAACUGAAAGGAAUGCAUCUUGAAGAAGGGGAAAUAAUUAGUAAAAUCCUUGCGAUGCAUUCCUUGCAUACUGUUCUGUUUUUGCUUCUGGGAUGGAAGCCUGAAUUUUCUGACCAGCAUUUUUGCAAUGCUGGACUUAUUAACAUGAGUAUUGAAAUAAGUUGGAAUAGAAAAUUUAGGCUAAAAGGCCUGAAUUUGCAUGUCUUUCUUCCUCGCAAUUGGUACUGAGCUCAAAGCAGAUAUUCUGCACAUUGAAUAAAUUCCUUUAGCUUGCAAACUAAUUUGAAUUUUCUUGUUUGAAAUGCAGUUUCUCUGCCAUGUUCCUUGAUUUGUUUUCUGCUUGCCUGCAUAAUGAGGUUACUGGCCCAACAAGUUGAAGAGCGUAUUCUGUAUAUACGUUUUCAUGUAAAUAAUAAAUAUAACCUUUAAUCAGAGCUAUAUUUUGUUUUUAACAUUACCCUUUUUAUGU